UGCAUGAAUCCGAAAGCAGGUUAGCAUAAAUGGAUAAUAAACAAAUCCGACCCGGUCCACAAAAUGGUAUUACGGCGCGAAAUGUGUGAGUGUGAGUGUGUGACGGUGGUUGUAGUGGUUGCAGCGUGCAGUAGCAGCUCCAACUGAAAGCAGUUAACGAUGAAGUCUCCAUCGACGGUGGUGGUAGCGGCGGCAAUAGCAAUCGCAACCGUAACGUUAUUCUCCCUCGUUCCCUCCUCAUCGUGCCACUCCCACUCCCAAUGGCAGAUCCUCACCAAACACAACUUCUCCUCCCAGAUCCGUCUCCACCGCCACAUCCUCCUCCUCGUCACUGUCCCCUGGUCUGGCGAAUCUCGCUCCCUCAUGAACGAUGUCUCCGUCGAAAUCGCCGAUAACCGCCGCGAGUUCGCCGCUCUGAAACUCAUGGUCAUGCACAGGAACGCGGAGAAGGUGCUUGCGGAUUCGGUUGGUGCUGGUGAAGAUGGAACGACGGUUAUUUACUUUCAUGAUUCGGUGUCGUACAAGUACCGGGGAAGACUUGCGGCGAAGAAUAUACUGUCUUCGUUGCAUCACUAUGUAUCCCUAGCGCCAGAGGAGGUUCCCCUCAAAGCCCUGAAGAGUCCUCAAGAUCUCAGAACUUUCAUAGAUUCAACUGAUCAGGCUCUGGUUCUUGUUGAUUUUUGUGGAUGGACGCACAAGUUGGUCGCCAAGAGCAAGAAAAACAAUGGAACAGAAAAUGGGGAUGGCAUUGGGAAGGGCUUUAGUGAAGAGGGUGAUAAAAUACCGGUGUCGAGGGGGAAGACUAACCAGAAGGAGGGCAUGUGCAAGGCUGAACUCAGCAUCAAUAAAGGGUUUUGUGAAGCUCCUAGGAUUGGUGAAUUUACCUCAGUAAAUGAUGGUCAUUUGGAGGGCUGCAAGAAUAAGAAUGGCCAUGUACUACAUUCCUGUUCAUUUGAAGAUUAUGAACGUUUCCGUUCUUUCUAUGUGAAAUUCAUGAAUGUUGUGAGAGAAUUCUAUCUGCCUCUGGAGCGCCAUAGAUUUGGUCUGGUUUCAGAUCAAUCGAUGCUUUCAUCCCUAGGUGUUGGUGAUUCUGGUGGUUCGUGGUUUGCAGUUCACUACCUAGCUGGAUGUUCACGUUGUUCUAGUAUUAUUAAAGAAGAGGAUAGCUUGGGCAAUGUUUUACGGACGAAUAAUAAUUUUGUCAAAGAGCUGGAAGGUAAUCGAUUUGAUCAAGAGGCCAUUCUACCAGCAAAUAAGCCAUCUGUACUUCUAUUUGUUGACAGGUCAUCAGACUCCUCAGAAACUAGGGGGAAAAGUAUGGAAGCUCUUAAAGCUUUUACAAUAUUGGCACAACACUAUGUGAAUCCAACUGGUCAGAUGAACAAUGGUAAUCAUGGGAAAGUUUCAAUCCGAGAUUAUCAUGGCUUGAAGAGUACAUAUGAUCUUCUAAGGUCAAAGCUCUCUAUGCAAGCUCAGAAGAUUAAACUAAACGACAAGGUGUCUUCCAUCAUGAUUAUAAAUGAGGGUAAGCAAGUUAGUUUGGAUAAUGUAGCUUCUGAUCUACAAGGGAGUUCUUUGAAUGAGAUCUUGGCUAACCUUCUCCGGAAAAACAAGGAUGGAAAACUAAGCUCUUUAGCCAAGGAUUUAGGUUUCCAACUUUUAUCUGAUGAUAUAGACAUCAAGUCAGCUAAUACACAACAGCAGUUGCAUUCAGAAGUUCAGUUGAAUCACGUUUCGACAGAAACUUCUCAAGAAAGGCAUUCAGAUACCGUAAUACUGGAUGAUGAUCCGUAUAGAUCUGCCACAGAGCUUGAGGAAAAUCCCAAACUGACUGAGCUAGAUUCUCUUCGAAAUGAAGUCAAGAGAACUUCUAUUGUCUCAAGUGAAGAAAUAAAAUCUGUACAAUCUGAAGAACCUAUUGCCGAUCAUGAACUUCCUAGUGCUGAAACAAAGAGACCAGAAAAAGAUGGUUCUUCAUAUGGAAAUGAGCACGGAGGAGAACAGGCUCGUUUUCGUGGUUUUAAUGGUUCCUUUUUCUUUUCUGAUGGUAAUUACGAAUUACUUAAAAGACUCACUGGUGGUUGUAGAGUUCCAUCGUUGGUGCUAGUUGAUCCCUUUCAGCAGCAACAUUACGUUUACCCUGAAGAGAAAGGUUUCAACUUUUCUUCACUGUAUGUUUUUCUUUCUAAGUUUCUCAAUGGUACCCUGCUUCCAUAUCAGCAGUCAGAACACGUCCUUCAAGGCCAAAGAGAUGCCCCCCAUCCUCCAUUUGUUAAUUUGGAUUUUCAUGAGGUGGAUUCUAUACCUCGAAUCACGGCUCACACUUUCUCUGAACUCGUGAUUGGUUUCAACCAAUCUAACAAAGAUAAUACUUCUAAUGUAUGGAAUAAAGAUGUCUUGGUCUUGUUUAGCAAUAAUUGGUGUGGAUUCUGUCAGAGAAUGGAGAUUAUUGUUAGAGAAGUAUAUCGGGCCAUCAAGGGCUAUGUGGAUAUGCUGAAGAGAGGAUCUUGGAACACGAAAGCAGAAAGUUUGGAUUACGUUACGAAGAAUCUUCCUGUAAUCUACUUAAUGGACUGUACAUUGAAUGACUGCGAUCUGAUACUGAAGUCAGUAGAUCAGAUGGGGGUUUACCCUGCUCUGAUUUUAUUUCCAGCAGAAAUGAAGAAACCACUUCUUUAUGAAGGAGAUAUGGCUGUAAUUGAUGUUAUGAAGUUUUUGGCCGAGCAUGGAAGUAACUUUCAUCAUCUUGUCAAAGAGAAAGUUGCUGUUCUGUGGCAAACUGAAAGAGUAGUCAGGAAUGAGAACAUAUAUGAUACUUUGCAACGCGAUAUCCAUGAGGAAUCACUUCAUACACGCAGCAAAUAUCAUGCAGCCACAAGUCAAGAUAGGAUGCUGGACCUGGUGGUCAGACCUAACCUGAUCGAUUCACCUUUAUCAAAUGGACGACUGCAUGAAACAUUGCCUCACGUGGUGAUUGGUUCAGUGCUAAUCGCGACAGAAAAGCUUUUGGGGAUUCAACCAUUUGAUGGAUCCAAGGUUCUCAUUGUGGCAGCCGAUCAAAUAACCGGAUUUCAAGGUCUUAUCAUCAACAAGCAUCUAGAAUGGAGCACUGUGCUUCGUAAAAUGGAAGGAGGCUUGGAAAAAUUGAAAGAGGCUCCUUUGUCCCUAGGGGGUCCAGUUAUGAAAUCUGGAAUGCCUCUUUUAUCCUUAAGUAGAACAGUUUCCAGUAAUUAUUUGCCUGAAGUCCUGUCUGGAAUUUACUUCCUUGAUCAUGUAAAUACAACCCGUGCAAUGGAGGAGAUGAAGUCAGGAAAUACACCAGUGGCUGAUUACUGGUUUUUCGUGGGAUACUCAAGUUGGGGAUGGAACCAGUUAUAUGAUGAGAUGGCAGAAGGAGCUUGGAACUUGAGUGAGGAUGGAAUGAGACAUUUAAAUUGGCCAUGACCAAAUUGCGGGGUAUCCAUCAUCAUAUCUGAUGUAUCCUUUAUAGAAAUAAAGCACAUAUAGUAGAAAUCCAGCAUAGGAGAUUCAUAAAAAAGGCUUUACAGGUGCAGAAUGAGGAAAAUGUGUGCCAGGAUAGGAUCAUAGGAUGGAGCAAUUUGCUAUGGCAGCAGUUCUGUUAUAUUUUUGCGGGGGAAACUUUACUUGAGUCGCCUAGGUUCACAAGCUGACGAUGGAGAUGGGAAAAAGGAUUGCCAAAAUCUUGAUAGAUUUUUCGGUUUUCCAUAUUCAGUGAAAUGAUUUCUGCUGAAGUUCCUUGUUACCUUAUAACUUAAAAGAGACACACAAAGCGAAAAGUGCAUGUGUAAUAUUGUUCUUUUUGACAAUUUUGUAUCAUAAUUUCUUGCGCAACUAGUCAAAUUAGUAUAUCAUCGCUCACUAGUCCUUGAAUUGUGGAAAUGACACUAACUCUUUUUGGGUCAACA